AUGUGUGCACUGCGUUAUGAUGGGUGCACUCUCCUCAAUGCGUACGUUCCCUCUCCCGUGGGAGGGAGUGCGUGCCGUGCCUUAUCCCGGUCCUCUCCUUCUCUCCCUCCAAACCUCUCCGCCCCACGUCUUCCUCCUUUUCCUCACCCUCCCUCCCUCCCUCCCUCCCCACCCUCCCUCUCGUCCGCCCACCCUCCCCCCCUCGCCUUGUUCGCGCCUCACUCAAUCUGGUCUAGCUCAUUCGCUUUAAUAGCUUCCACGACGCAUGCUGCCCUUUCUGCUUCUCCCUCUUCGCCCUCCCAUCUCUUCCCCCUCUUCCCUCGCUCCUUCGUUCUUCCAGCCCACUCGUCCCGUCUUCCUACUCUCUUCCCUCUUUCUCUCCCCACUGCUCCCAGCAUUCUCUCCCACUCUCCGCACCCGUCCCCCCCUUCCCCCCCCUCCUCCCCCUGUCCGCCGCCCAGCAAUCGCAGCGGUGGAGAGGCGGUGGGGUGGAGUACAGGAGCGGGGCGGGUGCCUGACUGGCCUCAUGAUCCCCCUCGUCCUAUCUCCCGUCACGCUUCCCAGGUGACUUUUGAGUCGACUCUUCAGUGGAGAGGCGCGGCAGCAGCGGGGGAGAGGCGGUGGGUGGAGUGCAGGAGCGGGGCGGACCCAACCAAGCUGCCAGUGGAAUGGGCCAGCUGGCUAUCCCGCUCCCGCCUCCAUGCCCCCACGCCUGAUGAAAUAGCAGCAUUGGCGCAGCACCGAGCGAUAGUGAAGCAACGAGCAAAGCUGUGGGAGCAGGAGGAGGAGCGGCGCCGGUUCAGGGAGAAGAGUAUACAGCAUGACAUGCAACGACAUGAGGGUGCAGGUGACACGAGGGUGCAGGACCUAGAUGCAGAGGGAGCAGCGCGCAUGACCCACUGCCUCUCCCAAGCCAUGCUGCACCGCAAGCAAGAAGGGGAGGUGCAGGGGGGGAAGGGAAUGGGGGUCCUACGGCAGGUGGGGGGGAGGGAAGUGAGACCGGUGGUGGUGUGGGUGUGGACGCUGGAAAAGGGGUCAGAGGAGGUGGAGGAGGAGGAAGAGAGGGAGCAGCAUCAGCAGGACGGGGAGGAGAGUAUAAGCCUGAGAUGUGGGUACCUCCUGGGUCUCACAGCCAGUCUUGAUACCAUGGGCUGA